CAUUUAUUUCCACAUUGAUAGUAUCAUCAGAGGUGGAUUCUUCCCGUUCCAGAGUCUGCUGUUUCUCUCUCUUCAUGUUGUCCACAUAAACAAUAAUACACUUCACUGUAAUUCUCCUUAGCUAAGAACCUUUGUUGCUUGAUGUUCCAAAAGAGUAAGAAGGAGGAUGUCAAAGGUGGUUUUUGCUCUGUUACAUUUGUUAGCUGCAGCUUUAUUGACAGCACUAGUCCCCGUUGCUAAUCCAUUGAGCAGGAAUGACUUCCCAAUUUCACCUCACUUCUUGUUUGGUGCAUCAACAUCAGCUUAUCAGGUUGAAGGUGCUGCAAAUGAAGAUGGCAGGGAGCCUAGCAUAUGGGAUACCUUUGUACAUGCAGCUGGCAUUAAUGAGAUGCAAAGGGGAUAUACAGACAUUGCGUGCGAUCAAUAUCACAAGUAUAAGGAAGAUGUCGAACUCAUGGUUAAAAUGGGCUUAGAGGCCUACAGAUUUUCCAUAUCUUGGUCAAGGCUCAUUCCAGAUGGGAAAGGACCAAUCAAUCCCAAGGGAUUACAGUAUUACAACAACCUCAUCAACGAACUAACACGCAAUGGAAUCCAACCACAUGUUACAUUGCAACAUUGGGACCUACCACAAGCACUUGAAGAUGAAUAUGGAGGAUGGGUUAGCCGAAGAGUAGUAAAAGACUUCACAGCAUAUGCAGAUGUGUGCUUCAGAGAGUUUGGGGAUAGAGUUAAAUAUUGGACCCCAGUGAAUGAGGCAAAUGUGUUCGCAAUCGGGGGCUAUGGUGCAGGAUUUUUACCACCUCAACAUUGUUCUCCUUCCUCUAUAUCUAACUGCUCUAAGGGAAAUUCCUCAACUGAGCCAUAUUUGGUAGCCCAUCAUGUUUUGCUAGCACAUGCAUCAGCUACUAGACUGUAUCGGAAGAAGUACCAGGACAAGCAACAUGGAUUUAUUGGGUUUAAUCUCCUUACCUUUGGUUUUAUUCCUCUAACAAAUACUAGUGAAGAUAUUAAUGCCGCUCAAAGGGCCCAAGACUUCUAUGUAGGGUGGUUUUUGAAUCCCUUAAUUUUUGGAGAAUAUCCUAGCAUCAUGAAAAAGAAUGCUGGCUUAAGACUUCCUGUCUUCACCAAAAGGGAAUCAAAUCUGGUCAAAGGCUCAAUGGACUUCCUAGGAAUAAAUUUCUACUACUCAUAUAUAGUCAAGAACAACCCAGGUAGCCUGGACUCAGAGGAUAGAGGUUUCGCCGAAGAUGUUGCAGCGGAGCUUAUACCCUUUGCUGAAACUGGUACGUCUCCAUAUGAGGUUCCAAUUACAACCUGGAGUUUGAAAGGGUUACUUGAGUCAUUGAAGAAAGAUUAUGGCAAUUUUCCAGUUUACAUUCACGAAAAUGGUCAACAAACACCACGGAAUUCAUCAUUAGAUGACUUGCCAAGGGUGAAGUACUUGCGUGAAUACAUAGGGAGCCUGCGAGAUAUACUGAGGGAUGGACUGAAUUUGAGAGGUUAUUUUGUAUGGUCCUUCUUGGAUAUGUUUGAGUUGCUGACUGGAUAUGAAACAAGCUAUGGCCUAUACUACGUAGAUUUGAAAGAUCCAACCUUGAGGAGGCAACCUAAGCUUUCUUCUGUGUGGUACACAAAUUUCCUGCACAAUGAGAGUAUGGACUCAAAGGUCACCACCAUCACCAUGAACACUGAGCAGAAUGCAUCUGGGCUUUCCAACACCCCUUUACUGCAUAGUGCCAUUUAAAGUAAUCAAGACUAGUUAAAAUUGAAUUUUGUUCUGUACUCUCAUCUUUCUUACCACGGUCCUUAUUUGCUUCCUUAUGUUACCGUGUGAGAGAAUAAAGUGACAAGAUUUAUAGUGUAUAAACUUAUGACAAACAUUAGAAUUUUAAUCCACAGGAAACGAGAUAUUUUUGCUAUGAUGAUGAAUGUGAAUAUUUUUUCAUGCUA